UGAAGGAGCUGAGUGCCUCCGAAUACCAGAGUAGCCCGGGACCCGCGCGGUAAGAGCCGCACCAAGGCCACCCGGAGCCCGAAGUCGGGACCGCGAGCCCGGGGCUCGCCUUCAUCAACGCCGCUCCGAAAAGGGUCCCAGUGAAGAAUACACGGUAGACGGCACCUGUCCCGCCCCACGCUUUCCUGUCGGGGAUGCUCAAAGUAAAGCCUCCAGCCGCGCGCUUCCCCUGCAAAGUUUGCUCGCGCCGCGCUGCCGCUCAGCCAUUUGUCCUGCCCGGCGGCUCGGGCGAUCAUCUCCCUGCCCUUGACUCCCACGGCGCAGUCUAUCGAGCCCCCGCAGCCCAAGCCCGGACGCAAGACCCGCCGGCUGCCGGCCCUGCGCGUAAGGGGGUGCGGGCCGGCACGAUGGCCGACGUCUUAUUGAGGUGAUUCUAGCAGCCGCAGAUGCGGGGCUGGAAAAUCCUGGAGACCCGCGCCCGCAGCUCCUGGGUUCCCGAGGGGAAAUCGGGAGUCCCUUCGCCUCCAGCCGAUGCAAGGCCACCGGACUCUACGACCACGGCCCAGCGGCCCUCCCGCAUGAGUUACCGCCCAGGCACCCCGCACCUGUUUGGAAAAAGAAGAGAGAGAGCCCCCUCGCCGCCCAGCGCCUGGGGGAGCUGCGGCCCGCCCGACCUUGUGUUGGUGAGAAAGUUCCAUCUAGAGGCGGCGGCGCGCAACUGCAGCCCGCGCCCCAGGCCCGACCUCCUGCCCUGGCCGCCGAGUGAGCCCAGGACAGAGCGCCUCUUCGCCCCACCGCCCAGAUGGCGUGGGAACGUGAAGGAGAAAGGAACAGCCAGCGGAGGAUGGGGAGGAUGGAGGAGGGGAGGACAGGCCCGGUGCUAGGCAGGUCCUCUCUCCCCAUUCGGCAUCUCUGCAAUGAAUUACACCCUUCAAAGCAUGAUGAACUUCGUAAGCAUGAUGACAGAUGCCUGAGUAGGCCCUCCAGCUGCUGCCUGCUGAGGUGUGAUCUUGUCACUGCCAUGCUCACGGAGGACUUGUCGCAGCUGCGCCUUGACGAAAAGAACUCUCAGAGGUACUUGACUGUCGCUGGAUUGUGCUCCAACCGCCACAGCGAGGAGGCGUCUCACCCGUCCCCACACCAGGCAAGGCCAAAACAUCCCCUCAAGUCAGCAGACAUGCAGGCACACCCAGUGCCCCACCAUGAAGACACUUAGAUAGUUCACCGUGCUCAAGUUCACAUUAAUCAGUGAGGGUUUUGUAAACUCCCCAGGAAACAGACAGACAAUAUAAACCUGUCUUCAUGUCCAAACA